AUGGAGCCUGAAACGUCAGACCACUCCUCGCCAACACCCACCGCGCCCUCUUCGUCUUCGCCCCCCUUCGCCCAGCUUUCCCGUCGUUCGACCGCCAACUCGCAGUAUUCUCAGCCAUCCAGCCAGACCACGUCGACGUCGUCGUCCGGCUACUUUACAUUUCCUAUGACGUACGCGGUGUCUGGCAUACUGCGGCGUCUGUCGUCCGAUCCGCUGUCCAAACCCAAAGACGCCUCCAGAAACUCGUCGGUCGACAGCAGCAUGCACGGCGCCGUGUUCAAUCCGCCACAGCGAAAGGCGUCGCCCUUUCAGCCACCGCCCCUCACACCGCUCACGCUCUCAGGCUGGCGGAGCAACACAAAGGAGAGCGCGCGCUUGCUGACGCGAGCGUUGGCGGAGGAGAUCCGGUUACUUGUUCCGCCGCGGCUGCAGCUCGUGGAGAACUGGAAGCUCAUCUACUCGCUGGAGCAGAACGGGACUUCGCUCAGCACGCUGUACGCGCAGAGCAACGAAUACAGAGGCAAGCGCGGAGCGUUCGUCCUCGUCGUCAGGGACGCGUCGGGGGGCACGUUUGGCGCGUACCUGAGCGACGCCCUCCACCCGUCUGCGCAUUACUAUGGCACGGGCGAGUGUUUCCUGUGGAAGGCGAGCGUGCUCAACAACGUGCUCGACCUGAGCAACAUGAACCUUCCGCCUCCGCCGAGCGAGGACACGACGAACGCGCAGCGACAGACGACGCUUUUGAGCCCGAAGACGGCGAACGGGCUGAGCGGCACGAGUGGGACAAGCACGCCGGAGAGGAUACGGUUCAAGGCAUUUCCGUACAGCGGCGUGAACGACUACAUGAUCUUCUGCGAGCAGGACUAUCUGAGCGUUGGCGGAGGCGAUGGCCACUACGGCCUCUGGCUCGACGACAGCCUGGAUAAAGGCGUGUCCAGCACAUGUCUUACGUUUGGUAACGAGCCGUUGAGCGAAGAAGGCGCUAAGUUUGAAGUCAUGGGUGUGGAGUUGUGGUACCUGGGGGCCUGA